AUGGCCAACAUUUUUUUACAGCUCACACUUGCGAAGCAGCAGUCACAGGGUGGAUCAAAACGACCUUCACCUUAUGGCCAUGUCAAAGCAAAAGUGAAUUCGGUAAAAAACAGUCGGUUGUAUUUUGGCUAUUUGCUGGAAUGAACUGUAAUUUAAUCAUAUUAGCAUUAAAUCAUAAAAAUGAUCACAAUCAUGUAAUUGUGUAGUAGCCAGAUAGGUACACCGACACAGAGGGUGGCUUAAUUUUCACGUUGCUACUGUCUGCUUCAAGGGUGUUCACAGCCGGGCAAAGUCGUCUCAACAACAACGAAUCACUCAGAACUUGCGUGUACAAGGAGAUUUAAAGUAUGUUGUAUACCAGACACUUUGUAAACGAUGUCCUUAAUAUCAAAUUCACAGUAAUUGCUUGAAAAUAUGUGCCCUAGCAAACCACACUUAACACGUUUAAUUGCAAUUUUACUUUAGGUCUCCGAGACAUGUUCCACCACCAAUUUUACCACAACCAAGGUGCAGUAGACUAAAUAUAAGUUCUUUGAAAGUUUGCAUGGCGAUAAAAUAUAAUUGUUUUUGUUUGUGGAAACACCACGUAAAUUUAUUACUGCAGUAAUAAAUUUACGUGGUGUUUCCACAAACAAAAACAAUUAGACUAAAUAUACAGUAGUACUAACGAAUACGAUAAAAUAUUAAAUGUUCAUUUUAUAGUGUUACUGCAUGUGUAUACCCUAGGAAUGCGUGCUCUUGUUACGCAAACUCUUGGUAGCUAUAGUGUAGCUGUGUUUAAGAGGCAAUUUUUAAACUUUGUUUGCCGCUUGAAAAACGUAUCAAAAUGAAUUAGUUUUGAGCGCAUGUUACGUAACGCUUUGAGAACGGAAUUUUGUCUGUUCUGCAUGCCAUUUGACAAGGGAGUUCUGGCAUUUGUAAAGGGAGUUCUGGCAUUUGUAAAGGGCGUUCUGACAUUUGAAAAGGGAGUUCUGGCAUUUGAAAAGGGAGUUCUGCCAUUUGAUAAGAGAGUUCUGGCAUUUGUAAAGGGAGUUGUGCAUGGCGUUUGAAUAAGUAGUUCUGGCAUGUGAAAACCAAGUUCUGCCAUUUGAAAAGGAAGUUCUGGCAUUUGUAAAGGGUGUUCUGGCAUUUGUAAAGGGAGUUCUGGUAUUUGAAAAAGGAAUUCUUGCAUUUGUAAAGGGAGUUCUGCCGUUUGAAAAGGGAGUUCUGGCAUUUGAAAAGGGAGUUCUGGCAUUUGUAAAGGGAGUUCUGGCAUCUGCCAUUUGAUAAGGAAGUUCUGGCAUUUGUAAAGGCAGUUUUGGCGUUUGAAAAGGUAGUUCUGGCAUUUGAAAACCAAGCUCUGCCAUUUGAAAAGGGAGUUCUGGCAUUUGAAAAGGGAGUUCUGCCAUUUGAUAAGAGAGUUCUGGCAUUUGUAAAGGGAGUUUGUGCAUGGCGUUUGAAUAAGUAGUUCUGGCAUGUGAAAACCAAGUUCUGCCAUUUGAAAAGGAAGUUCUGGCAUUUGUAAAGGGUGUUCUGGCAUUUGUAAAGGGAGUUCUGGUAUUUGAAAAAGGAAUUCUUGCAUUUGUAAAGGGAGUUCUGCCGUUUGAAAAGGGAGUUCUGGCAUUUGAAAAGGGAGUUCUGGCAUUUGUAAAGGGAGUUCUGGCAUCUGCCAUUUGAUAAGGAAGUUCUGGCAUUUGUAAAGGCAGUUUUGGCGUUUGAAAAGGUAGUUCUGGCAUUUGAAAACCAAGCUCUGCCAUUUGAAAAGGGAGUUCUGGCAUUUGAAAAGGGAGUUCUGCCAUUUGAUAAGAGAGUUCUGGCAUUUGUAAAGGGAGUUUGUGCAUGGCGUUUGAAUAAGUAGUUCUGGCAUGUGAAAACCAAGUUCUGCCAUUUGAAAAGGAAGUUCUGGCAUUUGUAAAGGGUGUUCUGGCAUUUGUAAAGGGAGUUCUGGUAUUUGAAAAAGGAAUUCUUGCAUUUGUAAAGGGAGUUCUGCCGUUUGAAAAGGGAGUUCUGGCAUUUGAAAAGGGAGUUCUGGCAUUUGUAAAGGGAGUUCUGGCAUCUGCCAUUUGAUAAGGAAGUUCUGGCAUUUGUAAAGGCAGUUUUGGCGUUUGAAAAGGUAGUUCUGGCAUUUGAAAACCAAGUUCUGCCAUUUGAAAAGGGAGUUCUGGCAUUUGUAAAAGGCGUUCUGGCAUUUGUAAAGGGAGGUCUAGCGUAUUGCAAAAGAUUCUCCUCUUGAACGAUAUAAUACUAAUUUUUCUGAAUUAUACAGAUAUGGUCACAGUCUUCUCGAAGAGGCAAGAAUUGAGAAAGAAGAAUUGUAAGUUAGCUGAAAGUUAGGUGUUGAUAUACAUUACUCAUCGUUAAAGGAGGUUACCUCAAUUUUUUUUUUGGGGGGGGUGGCGAAAUUUGAUUAGAUCGAAAAUAUAGUUUUUAAGAAAUCGCCAACAAUUUCGUCAUUUUCUGACAACUUGUUUUCAAGGGCCGGGUGUGUCAUAGCCCUAACAGGCCAACACCCCCGCUUAAUGAUGGCCCUGAAGCUGGAAUAUUUAUCCAUGGCAUUCUUUCUCUGAACUUUUUCACUAUAGAGAACAAGUCAUCCGUUCCUUGCAAGAUAAUAUCAGAAUGUUGGAAGACGACCGUCAUGAGCUCAGAGACGAA